AUGGCAACUCGUGCCGUGGGCUUCGCUUUGCGCCUUUCUCCCGGCCGCGCUUCCCUCCGGAAGCCGCUGGCGGUCAGGUGCUUCUCAAUCGACCCCUACGAUGGUGGACAGGAUCCCUACAGUCCAGGCAGAUCAAAAUCUCGCUUCGACGAUUCUGGCCGUGACUUCAGAGGCCAAGGCCGCUCUGACGGAGGCCGCUCUGACGGAGGCCGCUUUGAUCGGGGCAAGGAUUUCGGAGGCAGAAGAGGUUAUGAUACGCCCCUGACGGGUGGAAGCAUGCCCGACCGAAUGGGGAGCCUGGGUCAGAACCUCAAGCACAUGAACUGGCAGCAGGAGGAGUUGGUCAAUGUGCAAAAGAACUUUUACAAGGAACACCCGGAGAUCGCCGCCAUGACCGAGCAGCAGGUCGCAGAGAGUCUGAAGGCCUUGAAUGCGAAUAUCGAGGGCCGCAAGCCACACCCAAGGCCUGUGACUCGGUUCGACUGCAUCGGCUUGCCGGAAGACCUCCUGCAGACAGUGAAAGGCGCGGGCUUCGACCAGCCGACGCCCAUCCAGGCGGUGGGCUGGCCUGCAGCGUUGAGCGGGCGAGACAUGGUGGGCAUAGCUCAGACGGGCAGCGGCAAGACGCUCGCCUACCUCCUGCCCGGCCUGAUUCACAUUGCCGAGCAGCCGGCGCUGCUUGCCGGAGAUGGCCCCAUUGCUCUGGUCAUGGCUCCCACCCGCGAGUUGGCGAUGCAGAUCCACUCGGAGGUGAUGCGCUUCACAGAUGGCUCCCGGAUUCGAUCCACCGCCGUGUUCGGAGGAGUCAAUCGAUACUCCCAGGCGUCGGACUUGCGGCGGGGAGUGGAGAUUCUGAUCGCCACGCCCGGUCGCUUGUUGGACUUUCUGGAGUCUGGCACCACCAACCUCAAGCGCGUCACCUACUUGAACUUGGACGAGGCGGACCGAAUGCUGGACAUGGGUUUCGAGCCUCAAAUCCGGAAGGUCGUAUCGCAGAUCCGGCCGGACAGGCAAACCUUGAUGUGGUCGGCGACGUGGCCCAAAGAGAUUCAACGACUGGCACGCGACUUCUGCCGCGAGGAGACCCCGUGA